UCCUCCUCCUCCUCUUCCUCCUCCUGUGGCUGUUGUUACGCUUCUGCUGCAGCGUCCAAGUUCAGGAUGUGAAGCCUCGCUAGAAGAAGCAGGAGGAUGGCUAGACCAGGCUCGUCUGCGGCGGUGCUGCUGCUCCUGCUGGGCUUCCUCUCGGUGUCCUCCGUUAAUGCCGACACCCUGCUGUCAGCUCCACUCAAUGUGACCAUCAGAGAGAUUGAGGUAAACUCCGCCGUGGUCACAUGGGAAAUCUUGGAGGGGGACCCCGUCAUUGGAUUCGCCAUCACCCAACAGAAGAAGGAUGUACGCAUGCUGAGGUUCAUCCAGGAAGUCAACACAACCACGCGCUCCUGUGCAUUGUGGGAUCUGGAUGAGGACACGGAGUACAUUGUUCACGUUCAGAGCAUCAGCAUGGGAGGCAGCAGCCCCCCCAGUGAGCCAGUCCUCUUCAGAACGCCCAAAGAGUCGGAGAAGAUGGCAUCUAAGAGCCCAGACGAGGUGACGAUGGAGGAGGUUGGUCAGGCUGCUCAGCUGAGGGCUGGAGAACUCAUCAUCAUUGUAGUGGUGCUCAUCAUGUGGGCAGGGGUGAUCGCCCUGUUUUGUCGUCAGUAUGACAUCAUCAAAGACAACGAGCCCAACAACAACAAGGACAAAGCCAAGAACUCCUCAGAGUGCAGUACUCCAGAGCACCCACAGGGGGGGCUACUGCGCAGCAACGUCUGAGACCUGCAUAGCCCUGUGCAAUAACCAACUCCUCGAACCUCAGGACAGAACCUGAGACCAACAGAAAGCCAUUCUCAGACACCAUCGUACUGAAGAACCGCUAACCAUUACAAAAACUCUUCUCUACACAAUGAGGAACUCUUCAAAUACAAUGGACACAAAUCUGAACUUGUAGAAUUAAAGGCUGCAAACAGGAAACAGAAGAGGACAAACCUACAUUUAACCUACCUUUAUUGUGACCAAAAUUGGACUGUAGCCUACUUUGAGCGGACAGCCAAUACAGACACAAGACAUACAAUGGCUGUCAGUCAAAGCAUGGGAGGGGACGUCAUUGCCUCUUGACAAGAACUGCUUGAUUCAUUCAUUCUGGUUACUCUACAUCAUCGUAUGCCAAGAGCAGAUCAUCAAACAUGAAUGUCUGAGGAUUUUUUUUUUUCCCACUUCAGGUUUGUAUCACUGGUCGGAAAUGAAAGAAAUGUAAGUUGCCUCACAAGAAUAGCUUGGGCUUCAGGUCCAGGAAUCAUUCAGCACACAACUAAACAAGCAAAGCUUUGUUUUAAACCAAGGACUUUCUCUUUUUUCUAUCUCUCCAUCCACAUUCCCUCCUUUCUGUCUUUACUACGAAGCUCAUCUCUCCCUGUCUUUCUGUGUCGGUGUCUCUCUAAUAAGCACAUUGACGUUUGGUGCUCCUCCUAUUGUGAUUGUUUGAGCCCUCACAAUCCCAGUCUUGAUUAUGGUAUCAUUUUGUUAUUGGGUCAGAAAUAUUGCACGUUGAGUCUUGUCUCCUGCCUUUUUCUCUCUGUAUCGUCACUUAAAUGACGCAUCUGUUUUUCUCGCCUUUCUGAACUGGAACUGGUUCGGGGAUAGAACAUGACACAUUAUUUUAAGCACAUCGUAUUUUCCUUCCAUGCGUUGGAUGACGCUGUCUAAAUACAGCCACGAUACAGAUAAAGUUCAAGGACUGACCAGGCAAUCUCUCAUCACAGUGGUGUCUCGCAAAAUUUUUCUCCCAGGUUUGAAAUCCAAAAAGUUAACUUCAAUGUCAAACUUUGGCAAGACUGGCAUGGCUAGAAAAUGACUGAUUAAGGUUCAAAUUGAGGUUUAUUGUUCAUCACUGCAUAUUUAGCACCAUAUGCUAUCUGGAUGUGCAGGGAAUAAGGAUGGAGACACGCAGGACAUUAUUCUUAAUGAAAUGUAUACACUGGGCAAGGUUUGGCUGGGUUUCCUCUCUGGUUUGGCUGGAGACCGGCAGGGAUGCCAGGCUGUAGAAGCACUCAGAUAAUCCAUUCAGCUCUGUGGCUGUUUUGAAAUGUAAACCAUUUUCUUGCAGACUCCCUCUGAAACUAUCAUUAACAUGCAAGGCUGUUAUGGAAUAGAGAGAAAAAAAAUGCCUAAAAUCCAGGUGUGAAUUCACUAAAGGUACACUGCAGAUUUGAUCCCCCAAACUACCAGCACUAUGUAGAACUUAAGCAGACUGGCAGUGCAUGAGGAUCUGAUCUGCAUGCCGAUAGGUCAGAUUUUGAUCUUUUCAGUCAUUGUGUCCAUUGAUUGGGGUUUGAGAGCUGUGAUGGCCACAGCAUGUGGCUCUGGUGGUUGAGCGGUCGCCCACUGAUCGGAAGGUCGGUGAUUCAUCCUUGGGCAAGAUACUGAACCCCAAUUUGCUCCCAAUGCUGCGUUCAUUGGUGUGUAAAUGAAUUCCCAAUGGUGGCAGGAUAGCCUCAGCUAACAGUAUGACUGCGUGUGGGAAUAUAAGUGCAGUCCAUUUACCAAUUAUUUUUUUUUUACAUUUCAUUGGGAAAGUCAAUUUAAUCAAUUUAGGGUCAAUAUUGUAUGUAUUCCUACUUGUCAAAAAUCUCAUGAAAAGACCAAACAUAAUGAAAAUCUGCAGCUUUAAUGCAAUAAUC